UUUACACAUAUUGUGUGUAUUUUUUAUCCUUUAUAUUUUUAUUAUAUGUUUAUGUGUGUAUAUUUUUUUGUUUGUGUGUCUAUAUAUAAAUUAUACAUUCUUUAGUUUAAUUUGUAUUCACUAUUUCACAUUAGCCCUUAAGCACAGUCUAAAACAAUGAGCCUUCGACUGAACAUACUGAGUUUUAGAGAUGCCUCUAUAAUCUAAGAAAGGUCCUGCUUCUUUUUAUAUAACUUAUAGUAUAUAACUAAAUACCCCUGCACACACUUGGUUGUGUGAGGAGGUUUUUCCAGCUGGACAGCAGACAGAGUGUGAUCUUUGGUUGGAGCACACUUGGCAGGAGUUUACUGAAAUCCUCUCUCAGAGACAAUCUACCCUGCUGCGUGUGUCCACACGCUCUCCGCACUUUCCCUCUCUGAGCGGAUUGGUGAGGAAUCCACGGGCUCGCUCUCUGAUUGGCCGUCUCCUGCCUCGUCAGGCCACGCGUCAGCCCGGCUCCACUACCAUCACGUCCCCCUCACCCCCACCCCCCCACCUUGUGCUCCCCCUCCUCACUGUGGAACAACAGUGCAGGAGGAUGUCGGAGCGGCGGCAGCAGCAUCAGGACCACGAGCCGGAGUGGGAUGGAGACACCGAGUGAGAUGUAAAUGGAGGACCAGCAGUGUCAUGAAGAGAAACUGGACUUCCAUACAACAUUGAAGCCCUUUGCAUUAAGACACGAGCAGCAUCACUUCUCUCUAAAGUAAUCCAUUACUCACAAUUAAUGUCAAACUGCACGCUGAAGCAGCUUAAGGCUGCCUCGCUAGGUGAACCGUGGCUGAUGGAAAGAAAGCCUUAUAAGAUCCAACUUGUCGAAGCACACCUCAAUGCAGCAUAAUGCCUUCAAAGGUGUCAUGUUUAUACAUUCUGACAGUGGUGUGCUGGGCGAGCGCUCUGUGGUACCUGAGUAUAUCUCGUCCGACGUCCACGUAUGUCGGCCACAUGUCCAUGUCCAUACGGAAGGGUGUGAAACCACCCCAAAACAUCACCUUCACCAACAUCCGCACCCGCCCCCUCAACCCACACGCCUUUGAGUUUGUCAUCAACGAGGCCAAGAAGUGCGAAGGCGACGCUCCCUUCCUGGUCAUCCUCAUCAGCACCACGCACAAGGAGUUUGACGCGCGGCAGGCCAUCCGGGAGACAUGGGGCGACGAGAGCACCUUCGGCGACAUCCGCAUCCUCACCAUCUUCCUGCUGGGGAGGAACACGGACAACGUCCUGAACCAGAUGGUGGAGCAGGAGAGUCAGAUCUUUCACGACAUUGUGGUGGAGGACUUUAUCGAUUCGUACCACAACCUCACCCUCAAGACCAUGAUGGGUUUGCGCUGGGUGUCUACCUUCUGCCCCAAGGCGCAGUACAUCCUGAAGACAGACAGCGACAUCUACGUCAACAUGGACAAUCUGAUUUAUAAGCUCCUGAAGCCCACCACCAAGCCGAGAAGAAGGUAUUUCACUGGCUACGUGAUAAACGGCGGUCCCAUCAGGGAUAUGCGCAGUAAGUGGUACAUGCCCAGAGACUUGUACCCCGAUAAUAAAUAUCCUCCUUUCUGCUCGGGCACUGGCUACGUGUUCUCAUCAGAUGUGGCCGAGCUAAUCUACAAGACUUCGCUCCACACAAGACUGUUGCACCUCGAGGAUGUGUACGUGGGACUGUGUUUGCGUAAGCUGGGUAUACACCCUUAUCAGAACAGUGGUUUCAAUCACUGGAAAAUGGCCUACAGUCUGUGCAGGUACAGACGGGUUAUCACCGUCCACCAGAUCUCCCCGGAGGAGAUGCACCGCAUUUGGAAUGACAUGUCCAGCAAGAAGCACCUGAGAUGUUAGCGGACAUGAGGAACACUAAACGAUGACUGUCUCAUUCUUUUUUUCUGCCUUUUGCUCCUUUUCAAACCUCAUCAGUCGUGCGCUGAUUAAUGUAAACCAUGGAGGGCUGCUGCAAGUCUGUAUUUCAUGAUAGAUGUUCUCAUGAAUCCGUCCGUCUCUGCUGAUUUCACCUCAUGAUUGUGAAUGAAUGCAUGGGGCUUGUAAAGCGCGUGUUCUCACAUACAGUUAAAAUGUGCUGUUGUUGUUGAGAGUAUUUUUUUUGUUCAUGUUCCAGGGGUGCAAUUUAAUACCACUAUUCUUUACAAGCAUUAAGUCAAUCAGCGUUGAAAUGUGGCCUGAUCGGGGCGACCUCGGUUCAUGCUCUCACACAAGCUGCAUCUCAAUUCAGGGGCCGCAUCCUCCGGAGGCUGCAUUUGAAAACAGAUUGCAUCACAGCGGUGAGACUAGAUUGUCCCACUUUGAAGGCUCCUUCAAAUGCAGCCGUCGACUGCGUCCUUCCAUUCCCGAGAAACAAAGGCUCCAACAGGUGGAACCUUCCCGUCUCAACCUAUCCCAGGAUUCAUUGCGCUUCAGUGGGGUAUAGGCGCCGGCCAGCGAAGAGACGUCCAAUGCUUGAGUAUCAUUCUUCAACUCAAUCUGAUAUAAAUGUUAAAAAAAUCAAGGAGCAUUAAAACUUUCUCAUGUCCAACUGCAGCUCUGUUGCUAGGUGACAGCAAUGAGGUUGGGAUAAACUGGUGACGCCGAUCACGGAAAGCCUUCAUAGACCAGACUGUCUCAUUUUUGGUUCUGCCUUCACGGUCUAUACCUGGCCCGUCUUUAUAGGCCGGGUAAAGACUGUCUCCUCAGUGGUAGGGUUAGGGGUUCCCAUGUUAUCACCCCUGAAUUGAGACAUGGCUAAUAACCUUUCUCCCUGCUUAAAGGCUGUGUAAAGCAAUUAAAAAAUAUAUUUUCUGAGUUUGUCACACCACAGAACAAUGUGUUACCAACAACCCUAGCAGAUUUGUUCGCUUAAAAAAAUCGCCAAUUAUUCCCUCACACAGCUCUCCCUAACUGGGCGUGGCUUCCGCGUCUGGCGGGCAGGGUGUUGCCUUCAGGUGCUGUUGAAAAACCAAAACACUACACAGACUACAACCAAGCUAAAGUCUCCCGGUGUUCACAGUUUACUAAAGCAAAGCAGGCUGUUGAACAGUUUUUUUUUACAUAUUUUGAAUUAAUUACACCAGUAUCAUUACAAAUAAUCAUAACUGUUGUGUUUAAUAGUAUCGUCGUCUGUUCACAGCUAGCAGCAGAACCACGGCGAGAGAGAACCAUUGAUGUUACUGUGCUCUAGCUCUUAGAUAGUUUGUGGGGGCGAGGCUAUGCUAAUGAGGGCCACAAAUCGUCAUGCAUGUCGACCAAUAAAAUGUAUGAUGAUGUUGUGCUGUCCCCCUUUCAGACUGUCCUAAAAUCAGGAACCAAGCAAUGCUGUAAAACGGUCAAACUUCACAAUUCAGAUCUACAUAGUUCCCAUUCUUUUCACAUGUUUUCAGUAAUCACUUGUACAGCAUGUUAAGAGACCAAUGACUGAUUUUGGUUUACACGGCCUUUAAGUGUCCUUGAGCUAGACAUUGAAUCUGUACCAGCUCCAUGACUGCUGACUCAGCAUCUCAAUAUUCCUGCAGUGUGCAGGCUAAAACAGGAUUUCUGUGCAGGAAGCAAUACAAUAUGAAAUUGCUAUAUUGCAUCUAUGAUAUUACACGUCAAAAAGUCAGUAUUAUUUACUAUUUAAAGUUCUUGAACAAAGAGAAUGUUAAGUUGUUGGAAAAGAUUAUCUGUCGCCCAGUUUUUGCACUUUUCUUAUGAAUGAAGUCAAACAUAGCACUGAAAAUGUUCUGCAGUUUAUUAACCUCCAGACAGAACCAGCUGACUGAUAAUUGAUAAUUUCCAAUAAAUAGUUUUUCCCCCAGUAUUGGUAUUAAUGAAACCACAAAGCUGAAAUCACCGGAUGCUAUUCUUUUUCAUGAAUUUGCCUGAUCAUGUUUAUGUUUUUCAGUUUUCAGUUUUUUUAAGAUGCAUUUGGUUGUUUUCCCACUCGAGGUAAUUGUGUCUCUCAGCCGCCAGCUCCUCAUUAGUCCGGCCGCUGCUCUCUGUAACGUGCACUGUAAUACGUCUGCAGCUAUUUGAACUCCUCGCCUCCUCCACGCAUCCAGAGAAACGCAGUGUCAUGUCCUACAAGAAUGAGUUAAACAGUAGCUAAGAUUGGCUGUUUUAUCAUAUGUAUCUGCCGUGUCAGUGAUUGCUGAAGAGCCGCUGCUGACAUCAUGGCAACAUUUAGUUUUUCUCAGAAAAUGAGGCUUCCAUGGCCAAAACCUUUCCCCUUUUUUCCCCCAGAGAUUUUGGAGUAUUGUCAAGCUAAUGUGACAUUUACUGUGAAUGCAUCUAUCCCGCAAGGGGUUGUUGUUAUAUAUUGUAUGUUUUUUACAUUAAAAAACGAAUACUUGAAUAAUUAAAGUUAUAUUACUGCUUUUA